UUCUCCUCGGCUGCUGAAAUGAACUUUUUUUUUCCCCUUCCAAUCUGCAAGAGGCCUUCAAAUAAUAGCAUUACUGCACUUGGCUAAGUCUGGAUUUCUUUACCCCAAAGCAGCCCGGAGAGAUUCGGUCAGCCGGUGCCACAGGCAGCUCCUUGGACGAGCGCUCAGCCUCCAAGUGUCAGAGAGCGAUAAAGGGAGAUGGCCCGAGAGAUAGCCGCUGGCUCUGCGUGGAGGGAAGCCGCAGCCUUUGGCACCCCGAGAUAACCCGGUCCCCCCGUGCCGGGCGCGCGCACCCCCAGCCUCCCCGCCCGCCAGCAGGACAGGAACCGGGGCUGCGGCUUCAACGUUUCCUGUUUGACAGAAAGAAAAAGGGCGAGGGAGCAGCACCGUGAAGUCGCUGGCACCACGAUGACAGCGGCAGUGCAUUUGCACCCCACAGCCCCACAUUCGCCCUGCUGCUCCUUGGCGGACGAGUAGGAGCCAGCAAGAAACGUUAACAACUUGGAAAGCAAAGAUAGAGGACACGUUUGUUAAUUAAGAGAGGGUGAUUUGGGGUAACAGAAGAAGGAAAUAAAGUAUUAGCUUGUCAAGAAGGCCUCAACAGUUUGCUCAGCUUGGGGACGGAGGCCGCAGGGCUGUGGUGGUGGCCUGGCAGCACAGCCCCAGCAUGAUCAGUCCUCCAGAGCGGGCCCGGCCGCGGCGCACGGGCGAGAGCUACGAGGAGAAGUGCGAGCGGCGGCACGAGACGCGUGAGGCCUUGCGGCGGCGGAGCCACCCGCCGAGCUGUCGCCGGCCCGGGCGGGCAGCAGAGGAGCUGCCUCAGAGCCCACGGCAACGCGAGUUCCUCCGGAGGAGAAACCUGUCCAGCACCACGGUGGGGGCUCCCGGGGGCCUCCAUGUGCGGGGGGACCCCAGCCCCCCCGGCCUGCUGCAGCGCCCAUGGAGCCAUCCCGCGUACCCCCCUGUGCUCUCCCCGCUCGACCUCGGCAGCCCCCUUGACGUUUCAGCAGAAGCCACCCCUGGGCCACGUAUCUCCACAAACACCCGAGGAACUCAGACGCUCACAAGUGCAGGGGUGAAAGACUCGAGCCAGCAGACAGACUGUGGAACAGCAGUUUUAAAUAAGGAAAUCAUACAGCUGUCCAGCUACCUGAAGGAGGCCCUGCACCGUGAGCUGCUGCUGAAGCAGAAGAUGGUGAUCCUGCAGGAGCUGCUUUCCACGCUGCUGCAAGCCUCUGAAAAAUCCUGGCAGGGUCAGCUGAACGAAGACAAACUGAAGUGCAGACUAAGGGCCCUUGAAAAUCAGCUGCAGGCUUGCACCCAGAGUUACCCAAAGGAGUGCGUGAAGAAGAUCCUGAUAGAGAUGGAGGACCAGAAGCAGACCUAUGAGCAGAAGGCAAAGGCAGCGCUUCAGAAGAUGCUCGAGGACAAACUCCAAGCAGAGCAGCAGCUGCAAAACUCUCAGAGAUGCUUGGAGGUGACAAGGGAGGACCUGGCCCUCUGGAAAGUGCACUACACCACGCUCAAAGCCGAGUGGACCCAGAUGACCAAGACACAGAAUGAGCUCGAGAGCAACCUCCACGUUCUGCAAAGCAAACUGCAACACACGGCGGCACAGAACGAGCAGCUCCAGCAGGCCCUGGACCGCCUGCAGCAGGAACACGCCGAGCUCCAGCAGCGUGCCAGCGCCCUGCAGGAGGACAACCAGCUCCAAGCCGAGCACAUCAGCACCAUCGAAGGUAAACUGCAAAAAGAACAAAAUCAGAAGGUAACGUUACAAAGCCAGAAGCUAUCCUUGGAGGCAACGAUCAGCCACUUGCACAACCUGAUGCAGAACCAGACCAACGAGCGGAAAAUGCAGGAAGCGAUGGUGCAGAGGAAAGAUCAGGUUUUCAUCACCCAGAGCCCACCUCUCACUCCUGCCAAGGAAACACAAAAUGCUCUGUUAAAGCACCCUGAGGAGGAGGCAGAAGAAAGCCUGAAGGCUGAGAUACAGAAAAGGACAUCCCAGCUUACAGCAAAGGAGAAUGAGGUAUAUGUGGGCACACAGGUGGCAGAAGUCAAAAUCCCCCAUCACCAGGCUGCCCGUGCACAGGCGAAGAGCCACAGCUGCUGCGGGAGCCCUGCCGGUCUCGGUGUGCCCGGCCCCGCGGGGCUCGCUCCUGCUAACGCCCCCGCUAACGUCCCCUUGCAGUGCCAGGAGCUGCGCGCUGAGCUGGAGGCCCUGAGCGAGGAGUACCGCUCCUGCCUGACCAGGCUGCACCAGUGCCGGGACGAGCUCAACCACGUCCAGAGCAAGCCGGCAAAGAGACAGCGUGGUAACUGGCUCCCUCUUCUGCUGGCAGUGAUAGCAAUGGCCAUGGCCGCCUUCCUCGCAAACUACCAACCAUGAGGCACCUUCUAAACAACUUCUGUUCAGAACUGACUUCUGCUUCACCAGCAGCAAUGAGCAAUGCACCUUCUGCUGCUCUUGUACUUAACCUGGUUCAUAUCCUGGGCUGGUCUCACUCCAGGCAAACUGACACGGCUCCAAUAAACACAGGGAGAUUGACCCUUCCCUUCACUGCUUUGGUUCUUCUUCUUCAGCUCAAGAUUGCGCUGCCCAGUUCCUGCCCUGAGGGACAAAACCACUCAACCUGACACUCAAACAGCUCAUGGGGGGUGGGAGAGACAGGGCAGCAGGGACCCGUUGUCCCAUGUGUUUGGGAACCGUGUAUGUAUGUUUAGAGGAAUACUCAAUCCCCUUCACUUAUUGGCUCUGUCCAAGGGAAACACAGAACCCUGGACCAUUUUUUAAUGCUAUCUGACAAAGAACUGGUGCUCAGAGGGGCUUUCUGUAUCACCCCCAUGAACAACCCAUCCCAAGCAGCCUCCCCACCACCUGCCCGCCUGGCCCAAGUUCAGCCACCAUUCCUCCAGCCUGCCAGCAGCUGGUCUCAUGGCAGCAUCCCCGCAGCUGUGUCUGUUUCCUUCACGGUCAGCAGCACAUUAAUUCAAGAGACAGUGAUUUUAUCCCCUUUCGGAGCUGUACAGCCAGUUUUAUGGCAGCACCCAUCCCUUGUUCAAGUGCAGGCUCAGCUAUGAGGUGUGUGACACCACAUCGU